AUGUUUUCAAAAGAUCUUCCCAGAGUCCCUCCUGAAACGGAAAUUUACUUUGCAAUCGAUCUCCUUCCAAAUAUCCAGCUUAUUUCUAUUCCUCUUUACACAAUGGCUCCUGUGAAGCUUAAGGAAUUGAAAGGGCAGUUAAAGGACCUUCUAGAUAAGGGCUUCAUCAGACCUAGUAUUUCACCGUGGGGUGCGGCACUGUUGUUCAUAAAGAAGAAAGAUGGUCAAGAUGACAAAAAUAAAGCGGUGCUUGAUACUAUUGUUGGUGGCUCCUAUGAGGAUUGCACAUCUGCUGAGAUUGCAGAGAAGUUGGACAAGAUAUCUCGCAAUAACAAAGCUCGGAGCACUAGAAAGUGGAGAUCAGUCCUGGCCACAGGGCGUGCACUAGUUGAUAUACAAAAAGGGCAUACGAAGUUUAGUUUGAAUAAUGAAGAAGAAACUUUCAACAUCAUUAGGUCCAUGAAGCAUAGUGGUGAGAUCCAAAUGACAUCUGCUAUAACCUACAGAGAUUAUGAUGCUUUGGUUGCCGCACUUGAAAGAUACGAAUAUCGUUCAAAGCCAAAAAAUUUGGAGUUGGACAUGACGCAACGCGAGUCUCCACCUGUGAGACCAUCUAUUGUAGAGGACCCAAAUUAG